GCGGUUCAGAUUCACCCACAUUAUCUAACCCUUAUCACCAAAUGAACGGUUUUAAAUCCGACACGUGUCGUACCCGAUUGAAUAUUAUACCCCACGAUCCAACGGAUCCUGCAUUUUCUCUUGCUCUUUUCUCCCUCAUCUCUCUCCCCGGCCGGAAAUAUUUCCCGGCGAAAAAUCUCCGGCGAGCGUUUCUCCCCAUUUUUGUUUUUCUGUUUUUAUCCCAUCUGUUUGUAUACAAUUUAGAUUUUUCUCGCCGGAAAAUCCAAACCCAGUUAAAAUUUCCUGCUGAAAACAUCAUCUCCAACUCACCGGAGAUAAAGGGUUUUUUUUCGUUUUUGUUGUUUUAGCAGGAAAAAGGUGUUUUUCUCGAGUACCCUUUUUGAAUUUUGAGAAAUUGGGGAUUGGCGAUGGCUGAUUCAGACAACGAAUCAGGAGGUCACAACAACGCGAACAGUGAAGGAUCAACAAGGGAGCAAGACAGGUUCCUUCCGAUAGCUAACGUGAGCAGAAUAAUGAAGAAAGCUUUACCGGCGAACGCGAAAAUUUCAAAGGAUGCUAAGGAAACAGUUCAAGAGUGUGUAUCGGAAUUUAUCAGUUUCAUUACCGGAGAAGCAUCGGAUAAGUGCCAGAGAGAGAAGAGGAAGACGAUUAACGGUGAUGAUUUGCUUUGGGCUAUGACGACUUUAGGAUUCGAAGAGUAUGUUGAGCCAUUGAAGAUUUACUUGGCCAAGUAUAGAGAAAUGGAAGGGGAAAAAACUACUAUGGGUCGUACAGGGGAGAAAGAUGGGGGUGGUGGAGAUAUGGCCGGAGGUGGUGGUGGAGUUAGUUCUGGGGGUGGGUAUAACGGUGGUGGUGGGGGUGGUGGGGCCUAUAUGACAAUCUGGAGAAGCAAAGUGGACCCAGAUGCAAUUAAUGAUAGUAGUAGUAAUAUCUACUAG